AUGGAUUAUGAUCUGGAAGGCUGUGAAAAUUUAGACUAUGCCCAGUCAUUGUUGGUUAAGUCAAAAACUGCUGAAUCCGAUUCUGAAAUACGCGAUUUAAUAUUCAAAUCCGAAAACUUAAUUAAGGAAUUAUUUUCUUCCAGUUACCCUGGUCAGCCUAACCCUUCCAUGUAUAAGACCCUAAACGCCGCUUUAACCAUUUUAAAUGAUAAAAAUCAACGGAACUCAAACACAAACAAGUUCUCAUUCAAGUCCUUGAGAGGCAAGCCGGUUAAAUUUUCUGAACCCAAGGCUGAUGAACCUCAGGAGCCUACUCAUUCACCUCUGGGACGCCCUGAACUUGUUUAUGAUGAAAAUUGCAUCAUAAAAAACAUAAACGAUAAAAGGAUCUUUCGUUUUUUAAACUCUGGGAAGCUGGGAUACGUGAACAUAGAAAACGCCCAAAAUUCCGACAUUAUAUUGAUCAAUGUUGCCGACUCAUCAUUCAUAUACAACGUAAAAAACUGCAUUAUUUGGCUCAGUAUCGCAAACAGUUCCGUUAUGCUGGAUAACGUUUCCGACUCCGUGAUCAUAACUUGUUCAAGGCAGUUGAGGGUUUCCAACUCCAAAAACGUUAAAUUUUUUACAAAUACUGUCACACCUCCAAUUAUUGAGAUGUCGAAGAAUCUUUCAUUUUCCACCAAUCAUCUCACUUACGAGGGGUUCGAAGACCAUUUGAAGAUGUCUGAUUUAAGCGGAGAUUUUCUAGAAUCCCAGGAUUCCAUAAAGGAUUUCAGCUGGCACCACCCUCAGAAGUCCCCUAACUGGGAAACAAUGGAAGCAAAACCUGAACACACUAUCACCAUUUGCACGUCGGAUGACGAAAAUGAACUAAAUUUCCAAUCAUUUUCCGAGUUUGACUGGCAGAUUCUGAAAACUCUUUAG